AGUAUGUAAAUAAAUGUUAGACAUUGAGAAAUUGUAUAAGCAUGUUAGAAUUGCUUUAUCGUAAAUGAAAUGUAUAAUACAAAUACACAAGUUGCUAUAGUAAGAACUAUGUAGGCGAAUUCGUCUUGUAAGCGCCUGCUCCGUGGAUAUUAUGAUAUCACGACGAAAUUUUGUUGAACGUUGAGUGAUAGUUUUCAAGUAUUUUUUAGCCAGAGACUAAAUAACGGUGUUAUUUUAUAUGAUUUGUAACAAAGACAUAUCUAAAUGGAGACACAAAGCAAUGUUAUAAGGCUAUCGAAGGAAGAUAUUCCGUUGAUAUCUAAACCGCGAAAUGACAAUUCCUGGACAAGAUGUUGUACCUGGAUGUUGAGAAGAUGUUGUAGAGAACGUGAGCUAAGAGCUAGAGUUAUCCACAUUGGUCAGCCAAUGCAUGAAAAGUUUCCUACUAAUGUCAUAAGGAAUCAAAAAUACAAUGUUGUUACAUUCUUGCCUCUGGUUCUUUUCCAACAGUUUAAAUUUUUCUUGAAUCUAUAUUUUUUGCUUAUGGCUAUAUCUCAGUUUAUACCUGACAUACGAAUAGGGUACCUGUACACUUAUUGGGGACCUUUGUGUUUUGUGUUAACUGUUACAAUUUGUCGGGAAGCAAUUGAUGAUUUUAGACGUUAUAAGAGAGACAAAGAAGUCAAUGCCCAAAAAUAUUAUAGAUUAGUAAAAGGUUUCGAUACUCCAGAACUAGUACCAAGUUCUAAAUUACGUGUGGGUGAUUUGGUAAUUGUGGAGAAAGGUCAAAGGGUUCCAGCUGAUUUGGUUCUGCUACGAACAACAGAAAAAUCUGGAGCUUGCUUUGUAAGAACAGAUCAAUUAGAUGGAGAGACAGAUUGGAAACUACGUUUGGCUGUACCUGCAAUUCAAAAAUUGGAGAAUAAUUCUCAGUUAUUUGAUAUAAAAGCCAGCAUAUAUGUUGAAAAGCCACAGAAAGAUAUACACAGCUUUAUUGGGACAUUUACGAGGUAUGAUGGAUACAGCAGCGAAGAAAGUUUAGGCGUCGAUAAUACAUUAUGGGCAAAUACUGCCGUUGCAUCAGGUUCGGCGCUAGGCGUUGUUGUGUACACAGGACAGGAAACCAGAUCACUCAUGAACCAUUCUGCGCCGCGAUCCAAAGUUGGUUUAUUAGAUCAGGAAAUAAAUCAGUUGACGAAGGUCUUAUUUUGUGCUGUGAUCGGAUUAGCGUUAGUAAUGAUGUCUUUGAAAGGUUUUAACGGACCAUGGUAUCGUUAUAUGUUUCGUUUUGUUUUAUUAUUCUCCUAUAUAAUACCGAUCAGCUUAAGGGUGAAUUUGGAUAUGGGAAAAGCAUUUUACGCGUGGUGCAUACAGAGGGAUAAGGAAAUUGUUGGAACGGUUGUAAGAACCACUACCAUUCCUGAAGAACUUGGUCGCAUUUCGUAUUUAUUAAGCGACAAGACUGGUACAUUGACACAGAAUAAAAUGGUUUUCAAGAAAUUGCAUUUAGGCAUGAUAUCUUAUGGUCAAGAGACGUUUGACGAAGUUAUGAAUGUGCUAAAAACCUAUUACUCUUCCACUUCUGAAACAUCACCGGUAAAGCCGUCUGCGCACAGUGGAAAAGUAAGAAGAUCAGAAAGUACAAGGAUAUACGAUGCAGUACAUGCUUUGGCGUUAUGUCACAAUGUAACACCGGUGUACGAUGAGAUAAAUAAAUCCACUAACUUAGACUCGGUGAGCGUACAAACAGGAGAAACAGGAGAUUCUGGAUCUAUACAAAGUCAAACAGAAGCAGAUCAACAUUAUUAUUUGCCAGAACAGAAACGUAAUUAUCAGGCUUCUAGUCCUGAUGAAGUAGCAUUGGUUAAAUGGACAGAAGAAAUGGGAUUAGCACUGGUGAAACGCGAUUUAAAUUUUAUGCAAUUGAAAGCUCCAAAUGGAAAAAUUUUAAACUAUACUAUUUUACAAAUAUUUCCAUUCACGUCGGAGACCAAACGAAUGGGAAUAAUAGUCAAAGAAGAAUCUAGUUCUGAAAUAAUAUUUUAUUUGAAAGGAGCAGAUGUAGUAAUGUCCGGAAUAGUGCAGUAUAAUGAUUGGCUUGAAGAAGAGUGUGGUAAUAUGGCUCGAGAAGGCUUAAGGACGUUAGUUGUCGCGAAGAAAAAUCUAACGGAAGAGCAGUAUCUUGACUUUGAAGCAAGAUAUAAUGCAGCGAGAAUGAGUGUUAGUGAUCGUGUUUCGAGAGUUGCAGCGGUUAUUGAAAGUUUGGAAAGGGAAAUGGAAUUAUUAUGUGUAACCGGUGUUGAAGAUAGAUUACAAGAUAGAGUCAGGCCUACAUUGGAAUUACUAAGAAAUGCUGGAAUUAAGAUAUGGAUGCUAACAGGCGAUAAACUGGAAACUGCAACUUGUAUAGCAAAAUCUUCACGCUUAGUUUCACGAACACAAGGUCUUCACGUUUUUAAAUCAGUGGUAACUCGCACAGACGCACAUUUAGAAUUAAACACAUUUCGUAAAAAGCAAGACUGUGCCUUAGUUAUCAGCGGAGAUUCUUUAGAGGUUUGUUUGCAAUAUUAUGAACAAGAAUUCUUGGAACUGGCGUGCGGUUCACCCGCUGUUGUUUGCUGUCGAUGUUCACCCACUCAGAAAGCUGAAGUUGUGAGCCUUAUUCAAAGACAUACAGGAAAGAGAACCGCGGCUGUUGGGGACGGUGGCAAUGAUGUAUCUAUGAUACAAGCAGCAGAUGCUGGCAUAGGUCUUGAAGGUCUUGAAGGAAGACAGGCUUCUUUAGCGGCAGAUUUUUCUAUCUCUCAGUUUAGUCAUUUGGCUAAUCUCCUGUUGGUUCAUGGUCGAAGAAGUUAUAAGCGUUCUGCCGCUUUAAGUCAAUUCGUUAUUCAUAGAGGUUUAAUUAUCUCAACUAUGCAAGCUGUAUUUUCUGCAGUUUUUUAUUUGUCUUCGGUGUCCUUGUAUCAGGGAUUUUUAAUGGUUGGUUACGGAACGAUAUAUACAAUGUUUCCCGUAUUUUCUUUGGUACUAGACAAAGAUGUGUCAGGGAAAAUUGCCCUUACUUAUCCGGAGCUUUAUAAAGAACUUAGUAAAGGUCGAUCAUUGUCUUAUAAGACAUUUUUCAUGUGGAUUUUAAUAAGCAUAUAUCAAGGCGGUGUUAUAAUGUAUGGGGCACUUAUAAUGUUCGAAGAUGAAUUCAUUCAUAUAGUCGCCAUAAGCUUCACUGCACUUGUUUUAACGGAAUUAAUUAUGGUAGCCCUAACGAUUAGAACAUGGCAUCACAUCAUGAUACUCGCAGAAAUAUUUUCAUUGGCACUUUAUCUGUUAUCCUUAGUCGUUCUUAAGGACUAUUUCGAUGCCGAGUUUAUCAAAACCACGGACUUCUUGUGGAAAGUAUUGCUGAUAACAUUAAUUUCCUGCAUGCCAUUGUAUAUUUUAAAAUUCUUACGAAAAAAGUUUUCGCCUCCUAGUUAUACCAAACUAUCUUAAACAGCAAUCUCACUUGGUACAAUUAACGAUCGUACAAACAAUUGGAAAGCUUUACUUUGUGUUGAAAUCUCAACAUUCUUACUGGUUCGAAAUUCUGUAUUGGGUACAAAAGUGACAAAAGAGUUAUGAAACAAAAUCUUAUAAUUUAAUACAUUGUUUAUAAUAUCGAGCAUUUUAAUUGAAUCAUCGCAAUGAAUCAAUUAAAAUUUUUCUCUCUUCAAACUAGUGAUAAAUUCCGUUGUUCCAUUAACGUAUAAUGCAAUAUACUGUAAACUUCUUCCCUUAUUUAUUUAAAUCAUAAAUUAAACUGCAUUCAAAUUUUGAUAAUUGUAAGUAGGGAUUUUAAAACGAACUUCUUUGAUAUGUUAUUAUUAAUGUUUAUUUAUUAAAACCAAGAACAAGAUUUUUUCAUCCUUCAAAUGUGUUCACACAGCAUAGCAUUUUUAUUCAAUCUCACCUAACGCUUAUCGUAUACAUUCAAUCAUACCAUUUGCAGUAUUUUGUAUAUUAAGUUUAUAGUACACGGAUGCUUGACUAACUGAAAGCACGUGAUACUUUGUUUGACAGUUUCUAAUGUAUUUAACAAAUAUAAAAAAAUAUCGAAAGUUAAAUUUUAAUUUUUAUACAUUAGGCGCGAUUUUUCAUUUUCUAUCAUCUUUAUAUUUUGAAUAAAAUUAUUUUCAAGCAUAAUGUAAUUUAAUUAUCAUGAAUUCAAAAUGCUAUAAAAUAGAGGAAAUCGAUUUUUAUAUUCGUG